GCGGUAAAUACACUCGAGGAGAACCAUCACUACGUAUAUUUUCAUUGCGAUCUUGACGAGUGAUCAAAGUAUAUUAAAAAUACGUGACCUCAACAAGAUAACAAGGGACAACGACCAUUAGGUAAAAUGGGAAAAGAAAAAAUUCAUAUAAACAUUGUGGUAAUUGGCCAUGUUGAUUCUGGCAAAUCAACAACAACCGGUCAUUUAAUUUACAAAUGUGGUGGUAUUGAUAAACGUACUAUUGAAAAAUUUGAAAAAGAAGCACAAGAAAUGGGCAAAGGUUCAUUUAAAUAUGCCUGGGUAUUGGAUAAAUUAAAAGCUGAACGUGAACGUGGUAUCACCAUCGAUAUUGCUUUAUGGAAAUUUGAAACAUCAAGAUAUUAUGUUACAAUAAUUGAUGCACCAGGACAUCGUGAUUUUAUUAAAAAUAUGAUAACUGGUACAUCACAAGCUGAUUGUGCUGUAUUAAUUGUUGCUGCUGGUACUGGUGAAUUUGAAGCUGGUAUAUCAAAAAAUGGACAAACACGUGAACAUGCUCUACUUGCAUUUACACUUGGUGUUAAACAAUUAAUUGUUGGUGUUAAUAAAAUGGAUUCAACUGAGCCACCAUAUUCAGAGACACGUUUUGAAGAAAUUAAAAAAGAAGUAUCAUCAUAUAUUAAAAAAAUUGGUUAUAAUCCAGCAGCUGUUGGUUUUGUACCAAUAUCUGGAUGGAAUGGUGAUAAUAUGCUUGAAGUAUCAUCAAAAAUGCCAUGGUUUAAAGGAUGGAAAGUUGAAAGAAAAGAUGGUAAUGCUGAUGGUAAAACAUUGAUUGAAGCACUUGAUGCUAUUUUACCACCAUCACGUCCAACUGAUAAAGCAUUACGUUUACCACUUCAAGAUGUUUAUAAAAUUGGUGGUAUUGGUACUGUUCCAGUUGGUAGAGUUGAAACUGGUAUUUUAAAACCAGGAAUGGUUGUAACAUUUGCUCCAACAUCAUUGACAACUGAAGUUAAAUCAGUUGAAAUGCAUCAUGAAGCAUUGACAGAAGCUGUACCAGGUGAUAAUGUUGGAUUUAAUGUUAAAAAUAUAUCUGUUAAAGAAUUACGUCGUGGAUAUGUUGCUGGUGAUUCAAAAAAUUCACCACCACGUGGAGCAGCUGAUUUUACUGCUCAAGUCAUUGUUUUGAAUCAUCCAGGACAAAUAAGUAAUGGUUAUUCACCAGUUCUUGAUUGUCACACUGCUCAUAUUGCAUGUAAAUUUGCUGAAAUAAAAGAAAAAUGUGAUCGUCGAACUGGUAAAACAACUGAGGAAAAUCCAAAAAGUAUUAAAAGUGGUGAUGCUGCUAUUGUUAUACUUCAGCCAACAAAGCCAAUGUGUGUUGAAGCAUUUCAAGAAUUUCCACCACUUGGUAGAUUUGCUGUUCGUGAUAUGCGUCAGACUGUUGCUGUUGGUGUCAUAAAGAGUGUCAAUUUUAAGGAUACACAAGGAAAGGUUACAAAAGCUGCUGAGAAAGCACAAAAGAAAAAGUAACCAUCAAGCUUCCUCGGAAGCUCAUUGCAAUAUUAUAUUAAUUAUUUAAUAUUAAAUAUAACAUUGUCAUUAUUAUUAUUAACAAAAAUAAGUAAAAAAUCAAGGACAAAAACUGAUUUUAUAACACUUAAUACAUAUACAUUAAAUAUACCAUGCUCAUUAAUGACCCCUUUAAAUUAUCCAAUCGUACUUAAUCCACGUAUUUAUCCAAAUUUACAAAUACUAUUUACUUAUGCAUCUCAUACACCGCACAUAUGCUAGGGCACAAUAAUAUAAACAUUAAAAUUGAGUCAAAAAAUACAAAAAAAAAAAAAUGAAAAAAUAUUUCAUUUCAAGCCAGGAAAAA